AUGAAAAAAGUGGUUUCCGUUCUGUCCAUGGAAAAACCCAUUGUCGAUGAAGCUGCUGCCGACGAAGAAAAAGAAAAACAAAAUGAUGAACUCCAACAGGGGAUGAUCAAUGAUUACUUGUGCAUGAAUUUCAUUCUUAAUGCACUAAGUGCUGAUCUGUACGAUUAUUACAACAACGACAAAACUGCCAAGAAAAAAUGGGAGGCACUGCAGAAAAAAUAUGAUACCGAGGAGGCUGGAACAAAGAAAUAUGCAGUCAGCCGCUACCUCAAAUAUCAGAUGACUGAUGACAAAUCUGUCGAGGCGCAGUCCCAUGAAGUGCAGAAAAUAGCUCAUGAGUUUAUCUCUGAAGGUAUGGUUCUUGAUGAACAAUUUCAAGUUGCUGUUUUAAUUGACAAAUUACCUCCCUCGUGGAAGGAUUUUAAGAAUUAUCUCAGGCACAAAACCAAGGAGUUUUCGCUGGAGAGUUUGAUAACUCGCCUUCGAAUUGAGGAAGAGGCAAGAAAAUAG